UAACACAUGUACUUGGUAUUAAAGAAAAACAACCAUCACAAGGACGAAAAACUGAAGAUGAUACAAAGAAAAAUACUGGAAUGAAAACAGAUGGAAAAUCAUCGAAUGAAUUAGAUAAAACUAAAUCAACAGAAAAACCUAUUGAACAAGAACAAAUAACUAAAGUUGAAGAAACUCCUCCAACUGAAGCUAAUGAUACUGAACAAUAA